CUCCAGCUUUUAAAUCUCUUAAGGAGUGUGAGCUCAGAGUUGCUGCUCCGCCGCGGUGACAAGAGCAGAGGUGACUGUGUUACUGGAACACUGGGAAUUUGCCUCUUCCAGCCACAGCCUCCUUGGGACUGCAGGCUCCGGGCAGGACCCAGGAAGCUUUGGGGAAACAUAUCCCUAGGAGCUCACUUGAGAAGGUGCAAAGAUGGAGACACCACCUCCCCGAGGCUGUGGCAGCAUCAAUACCGACUAUUACCUGCUCUGUGACAUGGAGCAGGUCUGGGGCAUUGUCCUGGAAUCACUGGCUGCAGCUGGAGUUGUCAUCACCAUUUUCCUCAUCUGCUCACUCUUCUUCCUCAUCUGUAAAGUCCAAGACAACAGCAAGCGGCACAUGAUCUCCAUCUAUUUCUUCUUUCUCUUAGGCACGCUCGGCAUUUUUGGUCUUACUUUUGCCUUCAUCAUUAAACUCAAUGACAGUACUCGCCCCACGCGCUUCUUCCUAUUUGGAGUCCUCUUCGCUCUCUGCUUCUCCUGUCUCCUCACCCAUGCCUGCAACCUCAACAAACUAGUGAAAGGAAGAAAGCCCUUCUCCUGGCUGGUGUUGCUGCUCCUCAUUGUUGCCUUUACUCUGGUGCAAGUUGUGAUCAGCAUUGAGUACCUAGUCACUAUGCUAGUAAACCAGAGAGAUAUAUUUCUGAAUAUGCCUGCAGAGAAGACCAACCAGGACUUUGUCAUGCUUCUGAUCUAUGUGCUCUUCUUGAUGGCUCUGACUUUCCUGGCUUCCAUGUUCACAUUCUGUGGGUCAUUCAAAAGCUGGAAGAGGCACGGGGCACACAUCUUUGUCACUGUCCUAUUCUCCAUUGCCAUUUGGGUGGUGUGGAUCACUAUGCUCAUAAGAGGCAACAGAAUUUUAAACAGAUCUAGCUGGGAUGAUCCUGUUGUGGCCAUUGCUUUGGUGUCCAAUGGAUGGAUCUUCCUGAUAAUGUACAUUGUCCCUGAAAUUUGUUUCCUCACUGCCCCUCUGAAGCUGGAAGACUACCCUGCAGAAAGUGAUUUCUGCCAUCCCAGACUGAUAAAGCAGACCUCUGGAAUAGACAAUCAUGCCUACAGCCAAGAUGAAAUUCUGCAAGGAGGCAAAGGAGACCCCAGCGACUCCCCGUACUCUCCUCAAUUUCAGAUGAAGGCCAUUGAACCCCAGAAUGAUUUUACCAUCCCUCGGCCUAAGGCCAGGACCAGCCCUUACCAUGACUACACUGGUGCGAAAGGUCCCAUGUAGUCACUCUUUGGGGAGCAAAGAGACAAAGCGCCUGUCAGCAGGGGCUUGGGGAAUCAAACCACAUGGUGACAAGUGUCUCGAUCCUGCAGAAGAGAGGCAGAUGCAGCCCCUACACUGUUGAUGCUGAUGAUAAGGGGAGGCGUCCUCUUCUCCCACUCUCCCCAACCCCAGCUCUCCAUAGGCACGUUGGUAGCUCCCUUAUUCCUGGAUUUCCAGACACUGUGGGCAAUCUUGUCCUUGCUCACCCAGUUUCCCUGUGGGAUGGAGUUCAUCUCUUCUGAUAUGAGAAUGCCCCAGAAAGAGCCUGGCCUGGCCUAUUUUCAGCAGGAAUGCUGCAGGACUAGAGCAGCAGGAAGAUUGUGUGAGCAGUGACCUGCUCUGCCCCAGCCAGGAUGCAGCUUCGAUCAGCCCACACAGCUGCUGCUGUGCUCACGCCUGACUGCAGAGCGGGAAGGAGCAGGAGCAUCAGCCCUACACAUCCCAUCUCAGAAUCACAGAAUUGGUAAGGUUGGAAGAGACCUCUGGAGAUCAUCUAGUCCAACCUCCCUGCUCAAGCAGGGUCACCUGGAGCAUGUUAGACAAGGUUGUAUCCAGGCGGGUCUCUCCACAGAAGGAGACCGGCCAACCUGCGAGCACAUCUCCUGCCCACCUGUGAGCACAUCUCAGGUACUAGCAAGGAUGCCCAUGAUCCUGCCAAGUGAAGAUGUCUAAUUCUCUUGCCUCUAAUUCUCAACCCUGCCUUGCUCUCCUCCAGAACUCAGUAGGAGAGAGAGGGGAAAAUAUUCCUUUUUUCUUCUUUGUUUUCACUUCCAGACGCUUCCUCAUUUAAAUCUGGCAGCUAGAGAACACAAUGGAGAGGAGCAAGAAAAUUUAAAGACACAAAAACCUCUACAGCUAUUUCCCAUGACCCAUUUUCCUUCAUUUGCUCUCUAGCAUCAGCCUCCCUCCUAACUGACUCCCAGAUGCUAGCCACCCCCCACACACACGCCCCCGAAGGUGCCUGCCAUACCCCACAAACACUCCUCCCUGCCUCCUCCAACCUCCGGCUGUGCAUCCCUACAGACAAAACUUCUCUCAUGCAGCUACUUGCAAUACUCAAGUGGGAUCUAAUCCUGUGUGCCUUUGAGCUCUGGCUCUUCCCAAACAUUUUGGUGGCAUUAACUCAAACAUUUCCCAAAUAUCCAGGCUAUGGAAGGCGGACACCCUCCUUCCCAGGAAUGAGUGAGCAUGCAUGUGUGCAUGCGUGCAUGUGUGUGUGUAUACGUGUUGUGUGGACGGCACCCUGGCUAUGAGCAAUGAGUCUGCAGAGUUGAAUCAUUCUGUAGUCUGCUCUGCGUUUGGUAAAUAGCUUUCCGUGAUACUCUAUAUAUAAAUACACAGAACUAUCCACAUGGGUGCAUAUGGCACACUGGUAACUGUCACAGCUAUAUAUUUAUUUAGUACUUUGUAUAUGGCAUAUUUAAUUAAAAUUA